UCACCUCAAUGGAUAGGAGAGAGUGAUUCCGAUUUCUCUGUUUUCCAAAUAAGUGUGAGCUAAACGUUUCGUCAUCUUUGUUUUGCUGCUUUUCCAGCACGGAGGCGGACGUUCUGUCUGAUUUCCGCUUCCUGCGAACACCGUGACGUACUCGGCGGCGGCGACGUGCUCGCUCGCUCGCUGCCUGCCUGGCGGCCAUUAACGCGCGUCCACGCGGCGGAGGUAGCGGAAAGGACGGCCAGCCGAGCCUCCUGUUCGCGGAAACAUGGAGCGAGGCUUAGGGGGGCUGCCGCAGCCCUCCAAGCCGGUCAGCAUCUCGACCAACCGGCCCGUUCAUAUGAACUUGUUCGCCACCUGGGAAGUGGACCGCUCCUCACCCAGCUGCGUGCCCAGGCUCUUCAGCUUGACCUUGAAGAAACUGGUCCUGCUCAAGGAGCUGGACAAAGACCUCACCUCGGUCGUCGUCGCCGUCAAGCUGCAAGGUUCCAAGCGGAUCCUUCGCUCCAACGAGAUUGUCCUGUCGUCGACAGGCCUGACAGAAACCGACCUCCAGCUCACCUUCUCCCUGCAGUACCCUCACUUCUUGAAGAGGGAUGCCAACAAGCUGCAGAUCAUGCUCCAGCGCCGAAAGCGCUACAAGAACCGGACAAUCCUGGGCUACAAGACGUUGGCUCUGGGUCUCAUCAACAUGGCAGAGGUGAUGCAACACCCCAGCGAGGGCGCUCAGGUUCUAGGUCUUCACAGCCAACUGAAAGAUGCUUCACUGCCCGUGGCUGAGAUGCGCGUCUACUCGCUGUCCAGCCAGCCCAUCGACCACGAGGGACCCAAGGCCAAGAUGUCCGACCGAUCCCCAGACGUAGACAACUACUCGGAGGAAGAAGAAGAGAGCUACUCGUCUGAACAAGAGGGAAGUGAUGAUCCCGUCCACGGACAAUACCUGUAUGACGAAGAAGAGGAAGUAAGGAAGAAGAAACCAAGGCGGAAGCUACCAUCUAACGCCGCCAUCACUAGGCAGCCAAACAUCAAGCAGAAGUUCGUGGCCUUGUUGAAGAGAUUCAAAGUCACCGAUGAGGUGGGCUUCGGUCUGGAGCACGUGUCCAGAGAGCAGAUCCAGGAGGUGGAAGAGGACCUGGAUGAGCUCUACGAUAGCCUGGAGAUGUACAACCCUAGCGACAGCGGGCCCGACAUGGAGGAGACCGACAGCAUCGUGAGCACACCCAAACCCAAACUCAGGCCCUUCUUCGAGGGGAUGUCUCAGUCCAGCUCCCAGACGGAGAUCGGAAGUCUUAACAGCAAGGGCAGUUUGGGCCGGGAUACUCUGAGCCCGGGAGAGCCGCCUCCUGGCGACAAGAUGAAAACCUCCCGGAGUCGUGUCCUGGACGAGGCGGCGCUUUUGGAGAGCGACGUGCUGGAGGGUGCUGACCUGGAACUGCUGGCGGCCGCCGCCCCCUGCAUCACUGUCUCUGUGGUGGAGAAACCCCGUACGCCCAUGAAGAGCGGCAAAAGCGAAGGGCAGACGGCGCCGUCGCCACGGUUGGACGGCGGCCACACCCCUUCCCGGCAGAAGCGUGUCGGAGGCACGCCUAUCAAAUCCAAGGCGCCGAGCGAGCGAGCCAACAGUUCCGACUCCGAGAGGUCGCCCGAGCUGGCGCACGGAACGCCGGUGCUGCGUAAGGCAGCGUAUGACCAGCUCAACCUCAUCCUCUCGACCGACUCGGCCCUUCCGGAAAGCCUCAUCCUGGUUGGUGGCGGCGACUGGCAGGGGCAGUACGUGCUAGAGCAGCUGCAGUUGCACAAGCAGCCGGUGGUAUGCACGUGCUCACCGGCGGAGAUCCAAGCCGUCCUCUCCGCUGUCCUCACGCGCAUCCAGAAGUUCUGCAACUGUAACGCGUCCAUGCCGCGCGCGGUGAAGGUGGCAGCCGUGGGUGGACAAAGUUACUUGGCCGCCAUCUUGCAAUUUUUUGUAACGCAGCUAGCCAACAAGACGUCAGAUUGGCUCAACCACAUGCGCUUCCUGGUGAUCCCUCUGGGAUCCCAUCCCGUGGCCAAGCACCUAGGUGCCCUGGACAAUCGCUACAGCUCCUCCUUCCUGGACGGCGCUUGGCGAGAAGUCUUCAGUCGCGCCGAGCCUCCUCCCGCAGGCUCCCCAGACCAACUGGACGUGGCUGGGAGGAUUGCACAGUACAUCAACGGGGCCACACUAGCUCACCAACUUCCCAUUGCCGAGGCCAUGUUGACCUGCAAACACAGGACGCGAGAGGAAGACUCUUACCAGAAGUUUAUUCCCUUCAUUGGGGUAGUCAAAGUGGGCGUGAUAGAGUCCGGACCCUCGCUAACUGGAGAUGCGGAGGAGCCCGUCGCUGCGAGUUUAGCCGUCCCUUCCUCGUCCCCUCCUUCCCACGGCUCGCCCGCAGGAACGAUCAAGGAGGCGGCCACUCCACCUUCGUCACCUUCCGUAGGAAGCGUCACCGCGCAGGGGAGUCCAGGCGUGUCGCACGGGGUGGACGCCAUCGGUCUGCAGGUGGACUACUGGCUGGCGUCACUAGCUGAAAAGAAGCGAGAGGGCGAGCGUCGCGACACGGCCUGCAAGAACACGCUGAAGAGCGCCUUCCGCUCGCUGCAGGUCAGCAGGCUGCCCAGCGGGGGCGCCGGCGCGGGGGGCGAGCCUCAUGGCAUCCAUGUCAGCACCAUGGCCAUGACGGUGGUCACCAAAGAGAAGAACAAGAAAGUGGCCACCAUCUUCCUUGGAAAGAAGCCCAGAGAGAAGGAGUUGGACUCUAAAAGUCAGGUGAUUGAAGGCAUCAGUCGCCUCAUCUGCUCGGCCAAGCAGCAGCAGACCAUCCUGAAAGUGUCCGUGGACGGCGUGGAGUGGAACGACGUCAAGUUCUUCCAGCUGGCUGCUCAGUGGCCCACUCACGUCAAAUACCUUCCCGUGGGACUUUUCGGCUACACAAAGCCCCCAACCUAAUCGACGCCACCUCCGUGCUACACACGUCGCGCUAAUAUGCAAUCCGGGCCGCCUGUCGCGUUCCUUCUCACGCUUUCCGCAUCGCAGUAGAAGCCCCUCGUUGUCAAAGACGUGACGUAAUCGUGUACCCCCUCACACUCGUCAAAUCAAAAAGCUUGAAUCGCCUUCCGACGCCGUGACAUGGCUUCUCUUAGAUGGCGUGUCACGCAAGGUGGUCGAGUUGUUGGAUUGUCAGCCAUUGUGAUGUCAAAGUGCCCUUAAGCUAAGAAAUUGGGAUCAUGUGACUAGCAAAGCAUGCAGUUUUAACAACAACCAAUCAGUUACUUCUCUGAAAGUUACUUUCUGUGUGUAAGAAUGUAUCUUCCGUGGUACACACCAGUUUGCCACGCCACAACAUAGCACCUGUGUUCCUAUGGCUAAUAUUGUCCAAAUUGAGGACGCCAAACAUGAAAAAAAAAACCUCCUCUAUAAAUGUCUGUGAGCCCGGGAGGGUAAAUUCAUACAAAACAAUGAAAAAGGGGAAGUAGAUGAUGUCUUUGUGUGCGUUUCCGUGGUGCUACAACGUCUUGUGCGCGUGAACUCAAGUCCUGUCGUUGCAUAGCUAGGAAACGUUUGGGGGACCGUUAGGGACAUAAUUCAGGAUUACCUUUCACACACACUACUGAAACGUUUUCUGCGUACACAUACACCUGAAACGCUCGCACGUAUCCAUGUGAGACGCUCGGACGCAUACAUGUGAAACAUUUUUUGCGAGACAUGCGAGACGCUCGCACACAUACAUGUGAAAUGCUCGCACGUACUGCAUACAUGAGACGUGUGAAACACGCACAUGUGAAAUCCGCCCAUGUGUAUAUGUGGGAUGCUUGCACACAUACAUGUGAGACGCUCGCACGCAUACAUGUGAAAUGCUCGCACGUAUACAUGAGACGCACAUAUGUGUGUGAAACAUUUCUUGCGCAUGUACACAUGUGAAUGGGCGCGCCGUUCACGUUUCACACAUAUGCGUGCGUCUCAUGUAUAUAUGCGAGCAUUUCUCAUGUUUGUGUGCGAGCGUCUCACAUGUAUGCGUGUGCAAAAAAUGUUUGACAUGUAUGCGUUCAAGUGUCUCAUGUAUGCGUGCGAGCGUCUCACAUGUAUAUGCACGAAAAUUUCACCUGUGCGUGCAAGCAUUUUACAUGUAUAGGUGUGAGCGUCUCGCAUGUAUGCAUGCGAGCGUCUCACAAUUGCUAUGCGAGCGUCUCACAUGUAUACGUGCGAGCAUCUCACAUGUAUGCCUGCGCAACAAAUGUAUGCAUGCAAGCGUCUCACGUGUAUACAUGCAAGCGUCUCACAUGUAUGCGUGCGAGCGUCUCAUAUGUAUACAUGCGAGCGUCUCACAUGUAUGUGUGCGCCGAAAAUGUUUCACACGUAUGCGUGCGAGCGUCUAACAUGUAUAGGUGCGAAGAUUUCACAUGUAUGCGUGAUCAGACAAGGUUUCACUAGUGUGUGCGAGAACGUUUGACUAGUGUAUGUGUGUCCCUAACGGCCCCCAUAGAAACGGGCUCCAUCCGGGUCUUCGUCGUGAUGUGGCGUGGCGUAGCGUGGGGAGAGGUGUUUAGCACAUGUGCUGUUGUCUCUUCCAUUUUGCCUCUAACAGUAAUAAGAAGAAGUAAUAAUAAUGCUUGUAAAUAUUGUAUGUGACAUUGUUUGAUGUUUUGUAGUACUGCUUUUUCAUGGUUGCCUUUAUUUGUCAGUCGAACAGAAUUGAGUGGAACGUGCUUGUUUUGUUUUGUUCAAUCAAAAAGGUGGCACGUGGAUACUGUGAGUGUAUUUGUACACCUUACCAAGACACACAUGCAUCAUUUAUAUUAAAAUGUAUACAUGGAAAAA